AUGCCCAACCAAUCCAACCAACCCCACCAAACCCACAACAUCAACCCCCCAACCCUCCAAACCUUCAUCAAACAAAUCCUCAUCGCAAACAACACCUCCCCACCGCACGCCGAAAUAGUCUCCAAAUGCCUCCUAUCCGCCGAUCUUCGCGGCGUAGACACACACGGCAGCAACCGCAUCCCAUCCUACAUAGAACGAAUCCGGCAGAAAGCCCUAGACCCAACCGCAACACCAACAAUCCAGCAAAUAACACCAGCAGCAGCACAAGUCGACGCACACAACGGCUUCGGCUUCGUCGCCGCGCACGAAGGAAUGAAACUCGCCAUCUCAAUGGCGCAGACCUUCGGCAUCGGAAUGGUCUCCGUCAAGCACUCGAACCACUUUGGCAUGUCGGCGUGGCUGGUGCAGCAAGCGCUGGACGCGGACAUGAUGUCGCUUGUGUUUACGAAUAGCUCGCCUGCGCUGCCGGUGUGGGGUGGGCGGGAGAAGCUGAUGGGUGUGUCGCCGAUUGCGUGUGGGGCGCCGGCGGGGCAGGGCAGCAGACCGUUUAUACUAGAUAUGGCGCCUUCGGUUGCGGCGCGGGGGAAGGUUUAUAAGGCGUUGCGGCGGGGGGAGAGGAUUCCGACGGAUUGGGCGCUGGAUAAGGAUGGGGCUAGGACGGAUGAUCCGGCGGAGGCUUUGGGGGGUGUUAUGCCGGCUGAUGUGGGGCAUUUUUUGGUGGCUGUUAAGCCGGAUUUGUUUAUGACUAUUGAGAAGUUUAAGGGGAGGAUGGAUUAUCUUUAUCGGCGGGUUGUUGGGUCGGAGAGGAUGGAUGGUGUGGAUCGGAUUUACUUCCCUGGGGAGAUUGAGAUGAUUACUGAGGAGAAACGGUUGGCGGAGGGUAUUCCUUUUACUACGGCUGAGAUUGAGAGCUUGAAUAGGGAGGCUGAUCUGGUGAAGGUUGAGCGGUUGAAAGUAUCUACCCUGGAAUAG